AAACUGAUGUACCUCCUCGGCGGCAUCACUCUUACGGCAUAUGCUGCUGACCGGUAUUAUCUGGGGAGUGUGGGGAUGCGCAGUGUCAGGGCCUACGGGACCAUGGCCCUCGUCGGCCUCGAUUACAAACUGCACUUUGGAAGCAACCCAUACAUCUCCGGUGUCUCCGUCGACACCCUCCAUGACCGCAACGCUCGUCGCGUUUGCGACAUGCUGAAGCGCAAUGGCGGCCUUUACCUCAAGGCUGGUCAGGCCAUCGCCAUGCAGGGCAGUGUUCUACCCGACCACUACCAGCGCGUGUUUUCCGAAAUGUUCGACGAGGCCACGCCGUCUCCUUGGUCCGACGUCGAGGCCGUCAUUCGAGAGGACUUUGGACAGAGUGUCGAGCAGCUCUUCGGCCCUACUUUUGAACCUGAACCUCGUGCGGCGGCUUCCAUUGCCCAAGUUCACUAUGCACGGCUGUCGAACGGUCAAGAAGUUGCUAUCAAAGUGCAACGAAGACAGAUUGCCGCUCAGGUGUCGUCUGAUCUGUCGACGCUCAAGCGCAUGAUUGAGUUCACCGCCGAAGCAACCGAGAUUCCCAUGCAAUCGCUUGGGGAUUUCCUCGUGAACCACGUCAUGGAAGAGACCGACUUUGAGCAUGAAAGAUCCAAUGCAGAGCGCCUUGCGAGCUUCAUCCGCAAUGACCCACGGCUCCGCGACCAUGUCCACAUCCCCAAGGUCUACCACGAGCUGAGUUCGAAGCGCGUGCUGACGACAGAAUGGAUUCACGGCCUAAAUCUGUGGGAUAAAGACGGUAUAUCGGCGCCUUAUACGCCGACGGGCGGCGGCUUGGGUCUCAAGCUGGGCGACGUCAUGGAGACUGUCAUCGAGCUCUUCUCGGCCCAGAUGUUUCGCUACGGAUUUGUUCAUUGUGAUCCCCACCCUGGUAACAUAUUUGUGCGGCGCACGCCUUCGGGCAAGCCCCAGAUCGUUCUCCUCGACCACGGUCUCUACAUCACUCUCGCAGACAACCUGCGACUACAGUACGCCCAAUUUUGGAAGGGCCUCCUCACACAGGACACAGAGACCUUGACCAGUGUUUCAAAAGCCUGGGGCAUGCAGGAUCCGGAACCAUGGGCCGAUGCUUUCACCAUGAGAUCCAAGAACCUCGACAAGACGCGUAGCGACGAGACGCCGGAGGAGCGCGAGGAGCGCAUGAUUGCCGAAGCUGCUGGUUACUUCGGAACCGACGGGCUGUGGCCGCCGGAGCUGGUCUUCCUGGAGCGGAAUCUCGGCCUGGUGCAAGGCAGCAACCGAUUCCUCGGCUCGCCAGUCAAUCGCAUCAAACUCAUCGGGCUCGCGGCCAUGCGUUCGGUGGAAGCUAGUGGGCGAGAGCCCAUAUUGAAGGUUCUGCGGUCCAGAUGGUCUCUGUUCAUGUUGGACUGUGUCUUUUACCUGAGCAGCAUCAGGCAAUACUUUGGCUACGGUGGCGGGUUUGAGGAAGACCUGAAGGAAGAAGAGGAUAGGUCGGCACGGGAGCUCAAAGACGCACUUGCUGUCGUGUUGGGUAUAACGGUGGACUAGCAUGUCGGUCUCUCUGCGUGGUUCCAAAAGCUGAAAGCCAACUUCCCCUCUCACUUCAUAGCCAAAGUACAUUGUGCUGGUUCACUUAUUAGAAACGCCUCUUCUCAUCAAUAUCAUACACAAUAGAAAAUAAAAGGGGGCUGGUAUCCCAUCGAGUGCUGCUUGACGCCAUUUUUGCCAAGGGCGGGGUAGAG